AUGUUGGACGCCACCCCAGUUUCCACCCCGCUUGCCGCCACUGCUUCUUUGACAUUGCAUAAUGGCACCUCUCCUACUGAUGCUACUCGCUUCCGUCAAGUUCUCGGUGCCCUACAGUAUCUUGUCUACACACGCCCUGACAUUGUCUAUACUGUCAACAAGCUGUCUCAAUACAUGCAUUCUCCGUCCGCUCACCAUUGGCAAUGCCUCAAGCGUUUGCUCCGCUAUGCUUGUGGUACUAUCUCCUAUGGACUGGCCACUCGACGUUCAUCUCUUCCUAUGCGGGUCACGGCCUUUGCGGAUUCUGGCUGGGUAGGGAAUCUCGAUGACAGGACUUCCACAUCCACCUAUCUGGUUUACUUGGGCUCUACUCUUAUUUCUUGGCGGUCACAGAAGCAACGAACGGUGGCGCGCUCUAGUACCGAGGCAGAGUAUCGGGCCAUCACUCAUGCCGCUUCAUAA